CCCAACGCCAGCGGUUCGCAAAGAUGGCCCCACCGAAAAGCUCAUCGCAGCCUACAUCGUCUCAGUCAAAGAAACAGCAAUCAAUAUCGAGCUUCUUCACCCCCAAAGCUUCUGCGACGCCCAAACCUACCACCGCCCCAAAGCCAUCGACCGUCUCUCCGCCGCCCGCCAACGAGUCGAGAAACGACGCGUCGACUGUGAGCUCCGACGAAGAUGAUGUUGUAAUACCACAAAAGAUCCCAUCUCGAAGGAAGCGGAUACCAAACGAGGAAGAUGAGGAGGAUCUGUCUCCUGCACCUAAGAAAUCACGACAGACUGUCACCGAUGAAUCUACGGGUGACCGGAAUUCGCUAGGCCAAACGUCCGCCGCGGGUCUUAAUGCAGCGAAACGACCUGAAGCCUUAGCUAGGACCUCCAAAUACAUAUUUUCUAGCUCUCCAGUUCAAGAUGAGAAUGAGGAAGAAGAUACCCUGGAAGAUCGGAAGCAUAAAGAAAAGCUACAUGAACGAUUUGUCAAGCGAUUGGGCAGGCCGGACAGCAUUGCGGAAAUCAAGCGGCGGAACAACUUCAUAUCAGAGGAGACAGAGGAGCGAGGGCAGGGGCCAGAGGGCGAAGACGAUGAGGAAGAAGAGGCGCCUCCGAAGCCUACGAAGGGAAAGAAGGGUGCUGCCGCAAAGAAGGCUGGCUCAAAGUUGACACCAAUGGAGACACAAUAUCUAGAAAUAAAAAACAAGCAUCUGGAUGCUAUCAUUGUCAUGGAGGUUGGAUACAAGUUUAAAUUCUUUGGAGAAGAUGCAAGAAUUGCCUCGAAGGAACUAGGCAUUGUCUGCAUUCCUGGAAAAUUCAGAUAUGAUGAACAUCCGUCCGAAGCUCAUAUCAACCGGUUUGCCUCUGCGAGUUUUCCCGUGCAUCGACUCCAGGUUCAUGUCAAACGACUUGUCAAGGCCAAUCACAAAGUUGGCGUUGUUCGUCAGAUCGAAACAGCAGCGCUGAAAGCAGCCGGAGAUAAUCGAAAUGCCCCAUUUGUGCGCAAACUCACGAAUCUCUAUACGAAAGGCACGUACGUUGAUGACGUAGAAACUCUGGAAGGACCCGAUACGGCAGCCGGUGCUGCAGCACCCACCACUGGAUACUUGCUAUGUCUCACGGAGAGUAAUGCCAAAGGAUGGGGUACUGACGAAAAGGUCCAAGUGGGCAUCAUUGCUGUUCAGCCUGCUACCGGCGAUAUCAUUUACGAUGACUUCGAAGAUGGCUUUAUGAGGAGUGAGAUUGAGACUCGACUCCUUCACAUUGCUCCGUGUGAGUUCUUGAUUGUAGGAGAUCUAUCAAAAGCCACGAACAAGCUCAUCCAACACCUUGCUGCAAGUAAGACGAACGUCUUCGGGGAUAGAGCCAGAGUCGAACGAGUUGAGAAACCGAAGACGAUGGCUGCGCAGUCUUACAGUCACAUUACCAAUUUCUACGCUGGUAAAGUGAGAGAAGGCGUUGACGCCAGUUCUGAUAGCAAAAGGGCCAUUCUCGACCAGUCCCAUCAGCUCUCCGAGCAUGUAACUAUAUGCCUCUCCGCAAUGAUCACUCACAUGAGUGAGUAUGGACUGGAGCACGUUUUUGAUCUCACAAAAUACUUCCAGCCGUUCAGCGCACGAUCACACAUGCUCCUUAACGGAAACACUCUGUCGAGUCUAGAGAUCUAUCAAAAUCAGACAGACCACACAGAGAAGGGUAGCUUAUUCUGGACCAUGGACAGGACGAGAACUCGAUUCGGACGCCGACUGCUCAGGAACUGGGUAGGCCGGCCACUGCUCGACAAAACCCGACUAGAACAGCGGAUCGAGGCCGUUGAAGAGCUGAAGGAUGGUGAAAACACCGUUCGCGUUGAUAAGUUGAAACAUCUCUUCAGAAAUAUCAAAGCCGAUCUUGAGAAAGUUCUGAUCCGCAUCUAUUACAAAAAGUGCACCCGAUCCGAGCUUCUUGGGACGCUUCAGAUACUUCAACGAAUCGCCAAUGAGUACGCGCAUGUGGACACUCCUGACAAGGCUGGAUUCUCAUCCGCUUUGAUCAAUGAUGCCAUUGCAAAUCUACCGAAGAUAUCUGAUGACGUUGUCAGCUUUCUAGAGAAGAUCAACCCGCAAGCAGCAAAGGAUGACGACAAGUACUCUUUCUUCCGCGAGGAACACGAAACAGAUGACAUAAUGGAACGUAAAAUGGGAAUUGCAGCCGUCGAGCACGAGCUUAACGAGCACCGCUCGGUAGCGGCCCCAAAGAUCAAGAAGGGAAAAGUUGACUAUGUUACAGUAUCCGGCAUUGAAUAUCUCAUCGAGGUCAAAAACAACGAGAUUAAGAACGUCCCUGCAUCGUGGGCUAAGAUCAGUGGAACUAAGGCAGUGUCUCGAUUUCACACUCCGGAAGUUGUCAAAAUGAUACGGGAGCGUGACCAACACAAGGAGGCCCUCGCUGCCGCCUGCGAUGCCGCCUUCCUCUCUCUCCUCGACGAGAUCGCAGCAAAGUACCAGACUCUCCGCGACUGCGUCCAUGCCCUCGCGACCCUGGACGCACUCCUCUCUCUCGCAGCACUUGCCUCGCAACCUGGCUACGUCAAGCCAUCCUUCACUUCCGAAAUUGAGCUUGACAUCGUCGGCGGACGGCAUCCAAUGGUAGAGCAACUCCUCCUAGACUCCUAUGUGCCGAAUCCGCUCUCUCUCCGUAACGACGGCACGCGCGCCCUGCUCAUCACGGGGCCUAACAUGGGUGGAAAGUCCUCCUACGUCCGCUCUGGCGCCCUCAUCGCCAUCAUGGGCCAGAUCGGCAGCUACGUCCCCGCCGAAUCUGCCAAGCUUGGCAUGCUCGAUGCCGUCUUCACGCGCAUGGGCGCCUUCGAUAACAUGCUCAAGGGCGAGAGCACCUUCAUGGUCGAGCUGUCUGAGACAGCGGAUAUCCUUAAGUCCGCCACCAAGCGUUCGCUCGUCAUUCUUGACGAGCUUGGACGUGGCACAAGCACGUUCGACGGCGUAGCUAUCGCGGAGGCGGUCCUGGACUAUGUUGUUAGAGACAUCCAGGCGUUGACGCUUUUCAUUACACAUUAUCAAAAUAUGAGCAGGAUCGAAGAACGCUUUGCGGGGGAGCUGAAGAAUGUGCAUGUUAAGUUUGAGGAGAGUGGAGAAGGCGGGAAGGAAGUCGUGUUUCUGUACGAGGUCGGCGAGGGUGUCGCGCAUCGGAGUUACGGGCUGAAUGUUGCGAGGCUGGCGAAGGUCCCAGAGGGAGUCUUGGAGGUCGCAGGGGUCAAGAGUCGGGAGCUGGAGGCUCGGAUGGGGGCUGAGAAGGUGGGAAAUAUGUCGCAGAUUGUUCAAGGUUUUAUGCAAAAUGGCGGAGAGGAGAGUCUGGAGAGACUUGUCAAGGGAAUUGAGCAGCUGUAA